AUGUCUGAAGGAAAAAAUCUUUUUAGACAAAUAGAAAUUCCUAUCUCAGAGGAUGGAGAAUUAUCCGAAAAAUCAAAUAAUCGAAAAGAACAGAGUAGAAGUACGAUAAUAGAUACAAUUUUAGGACGACCUAAUUUUUCAGCAACAUCACUUCAUAAUGAUUUGGACGAGCAUUUAGAAAAAUUUGAAAUUAUCAAACUACAAGUGGAAGCGCAUCGUACUUUAAAUUUAAUAAAUGUAGAAGAUCAAAAUUUAUAUAAUAAAAUGGAUGAAUGGGUGAAAAGUAAUCCUGGUGUUACUUUGGAGACAACUAUUUUGAAAUUUGAUCCGGAGAAAUAUCCUAAUUCUGAUGCGCUUGCAAAAGUAAUUUAUGAUUAUCCAUUCCCAGAUUUCAUUUUAAAAUAUGAGAAUGAUAAAGUCAAACACCUAUAUGAUCAUGAAAAUAAUGAGAAAUACGAGAUUCGAGCCAUGAAACGUCAAAACUUUGAACGUUUGCUUCUUCGUGCUGGAUUGUUUCUAGAACACGAAAUUGAUACAGAAGGAGAUAAUACUUAUGUUAAAGUUAUUGCUCCAUUCGAGAGAUUAUGUGAGCAAGCUCAACAAACUAAAAUUAAACUUCGUUUUAACGAUCGUUUGAGAAAGUUUAAAGGAGCAGAAGCUAAUAAAAAUAUAGCAGAAAUUUCAUUGAAUUUCUUUACUUGUUCAAUAAGAAAUUUAUUGGUUCAUAGAAUGAUAAUUACAGCUAAUCAGAUUAAUAAAAAAGUGACAUUAGCUAAUGGUCGGGUGAUAUAUGUUAAAAGAAAAAUAGAUGCUUUAGCGAUUAGCAAACUUCUUAAGGCUCAUGUUUAUGAUAAGUUUUAUCCUAUUCACGAUGGUUCUCCAAAAAUUAAGCGUGGUUCAGUUACGUCUCCUGAAGAAAUUGAAAAAUAUAAUUUAAGAGCUCAAUUAAACGAAUUAUGGGUUAAAAGUCGAACGAAACAACCAAUAGAAAAAAUAAGAGAAUAUUUCGGUGAAAAAUUUGCUUUAUACUUUGUUUGGUUAGGCUUUUAUACGUCAUGGUUGUCAAUAGCAAGUGUUGCAGGUUUGACUGUAGUUCUUUAUGGAGUAAUUGACGCGGAAAUCGGAACGAAUUUGAACGAUUUACAAGGCGCUUCAAAAAUUUGGGAUAACGCGCUUACGGCACCGUAUGCAUUCCUAAUGGCAAUUUGGGCUACUUGUUUCUUAGAAUCAUGGAAAAGAGCCAACGCCUCAAUACAAUACGAUUGGGACGUGAUUGACUUCGAAAGAGAAGAACUUCCAAGACCUGAAUUUUAUGGAACUACGCUCCGUGUAUCCCCCGUUACUUUGAAAAAAGAGAUCCAUUUUCCUUUUAAAGAGAAAUUAACUAAAUUAUUAAUUUCCGGAGCAAUAGUUUUAAUUUCGAUAGGAAUCGUAAUCGUAACUGUAGGAGUGUUAAUAAUUUUCCCAAGUCAAUUAAACGUUAGUCCUCCAAAGCUUAGAACUGUAAUUACAGCUUCUGUAAAUCUGGCAACCAUUAUUAUAUUGAACAUGAUAUACAGACAUGUGGCAAGAUAUCUUACGAAUUUUGAAAAUCAUAAAACUCAAACUCAGUUCGAAGAUUCAUUGAUUCUUAAGGCAUACCUUUUUGAUUUUGUCAAUUUUUAUUCGUCUUUAAUUUACAUUUUGUUGUUUAAGAAAAAUUGCGAGGUAUACGUAACCUGUAUGAAUGAACUUACAAUUCAACUCGCAAUUAUUUUUGUCGGUAAACAAAUGAUUGGACAAGGUCAAGAGGUUUUAAUUCCAUGGAUAAUGAGUAAAUGGUAUAAAACUAAAAAUAUAGCGGAACGAGACGAAUUGGAGAAAAAAUAUGCAGAAUCUAAUAGAAAACAUACGAACGUACCGCAAUGGGUAUAUGAUGAUCGUUUAGCUACGUCUUCGGAAACCAUUAGGACCGAAUAUGAAGAAAUUGUAGUUCAAUUUGGGUUUGUUACAUUAUUUGGUACAGCUUUUCCAUUAGCUCCAUUAUUUGCUUGGAUAAACAAUAUGACUGAGAUAAGAUUUGAUGCGUUUAAGGUAUAUGAAUCUCAAGAAUAUAUUCAGACAUUACAAAGACCAGUUGGAUUUCAAACGCAAGAUUUGGGAAUGUGGGAAAAAAUUAUGUCCAUAGUAUCAUUAAUAUCUGUAUUGACAAAUGCAGUAAUUAUAGCAUUUCAUUCAUCAUGGAUGCAUGCUCAAUUUGACAAAUAUACAAAGAAUCCUGAAGAGCUAUUAGUUGCCAGACUUGGUUUUGUUCUUGCUUUUGAGCAUCUCGUAUUUAUCAUUAAAUUAAUAUUUGCGUAUAUGAUACCGGACGUACCAAGAACAGUUAAAAUUGCAAUGGAGAGGGAACGUUAUCUUACUAGACUGGCGUUGGAUGGGGAUCCACCUGCGUUAGAUGAAUAUUGGAGUGAUGAUAAAGAUGAUGCUUCUUUAUUUUCUGUAAAAGGAUCUUUAUUGUUACCUUCCAAUACUGUCACUGGAGGUAAUAUUGUUAAAUAG